AAACAAAGCUGUUGAUGACUGGUGGCAAUGAAUUUCGAUCGUCAUAUUACAUUAAAAUUAAAUUAAAAUAAUUGUAUUGACCAUUCGACACAGAGACAAACAUUGAAGACAUUUUCAAUUUGUACAACAUUUAAUAUUGUGCGAAGAAAGAUGUCGAAAUCACAGAAAGAAUUGGAAUUGAUGGUGGAGAAUCAGAAAAAACAGCUGACACGAUAUGAAACUCGGUUGAAAGAUGUUGUUAGCGCUUAUAAAAGUUUAUUGAAGGAAAAAGCAGCAUUGGAGGCAAGUUUAGCAUCAAUUACAUCCAAAAAGAUAGAUUCGUCCGACGAUCCGAAUGAAAGUACAAUGGCUACUUUAACUGAUGCUUUAAACAGUAGCAACGAUAACGUUGACCAACUACGAAUGCAAAUUUCCACCCUUAUGAAUUCGCUGGCCACACUUUCUGCAGAGAAAUCAAAAAUGGAAGCUUCAUUUCAAGCAGAUAAAAAGACACUUCGAAAUGAUUUGAAAGUUAAAGAUCAAACUAUAUCAGAGCUACAAGAGAAAUUAAAUGGAUCUGCUGCACAGAUAAAGCUGGAAGUGGAAAAGGUAAAAAGCAAAUUGAUUAUAGAACGUCACGAAUGGGAGAAGGAAAGUAACAAUCAGUUGGCGAUGAUACGUGAGUUACAGAAAAUUACAGCCGAUGAAAGACAAGUGAAAGAUGCAAUACAGAUGCAAUUGAACGAUUUGAAAAAUCGCUUCUCAAAAACCAGCGAAGAUGCUCGUCUGAGUGAAAUUACCGCUGAACUGGAACAAACGAAACGCAAAUUGAAAGAAAAUGAGCGCGAAUUGAAUAAUGCAACAAAAAAUGAUAUUCCAUCCGAGGGAAUUUUGAAGAAAUUACAAGCCGAGAUGAUGUAUUUGAAACAACAACACACUGCAGCAAUUCAGUCAGAGCAACACCGUGCUAUUUUGGCCGAAGAACGAAAUAAAACAUUAGCGGCAAUGCACGAGGAACGAGUGGCCAGUUUGGAAACUCGAUUGGCUGAACUCUCGGCAACGGUGGGUCUUUAUGAUCGACUCAGGCAAACAGAUCAAGAUAACAUAACCAAGUUUAAAGAGAGAAUUGCUCAAUUGAGUAAUUCAAAUGUAAUUGAAGAUCGAUUAAAUGAAAGAAAAGACUCAACCGCAACGAUGUCCAAAUAUAAAAACUGGGAUAUAAAUGAAAUGAUAAACGAAAUUUUACUAUUGCACAAUGUAUUGUUAAUUGAAAAUUCGAAGCUUGAAAAACCAGUUGACAUUUUCACUAAGCUAUACAGUACAUUUGAUACGGCUGCUGGAAAAUCAUCAUCCAAUGCACUAUGUAAUUGUGAACACUCUGAACGUCAUGAAACAUUACUUAAAGAGAAUACUAAUCUGCAUACGGAAAUUCAACAGAUGAAAAAGCAAAUUGAAACACAUAAAACAAAUAUAAAAACUUUGCAAACAAAAAUUGAAGUAUUAAAUCGUAAUUUAGAUGAACAGGAAACUGAAUUGCGAAAUAAGAGCCAAGAGCAUAAAAAUGAAUUACGCACUGAACGAAAUCGAUGGAAAGAUGUAUUAGCAAAUACUGAAGCUGAGUAUCGAGCAAAACAAGCUGAAUUGGAAGGCCAGCUGCAGAAACAACGUGAGCGUUCAUUGGCAUUACUUGAGGAAAAAGAGAAUGAAAUUACUGGGUUAAAAACAUCUUUUGAUGUUUUCAUGAUGCCGAAGCCAAUGCGUAAACGCAGUGAAGCGACAGAUAGUGAAAAAGAUGAAAAGCCCAGAAAUUCAGAAAAAACACUUGCCAGCUUAAGUGACUCAUUACACGGUUCAAAUGAUGAUGUCAAUCAAACGGUAUUAGUUUUAAGUGGCAAUGUGUCAACGUCAAAAGAACCAAUACCAAUGCUGCAUUAUGUUCAUGAGUUGUCGAGAAAAGAGGUUGAAAUAACAUCACUUCGUAAGGCCAAACAUUUAGCAGAGCAAACACUUCGUCAGGCUCUACAGGACAAAGCUGCUUCUCAGCAACUUUUUUAUGAAAAAAUAGCCAAUCUGGAAGAGAACGUGGACCGUCUCGAACGAUGCAAAACACGUGAGGGUGCCAAUCUGGAAUAUUUAAAAAAUGUGUUUUUAAGCUUUUUACUGUCGAAUGAUAAAGAUGGUCAACGUCAUAAAGUAAAUGCGAUUAGUGCCGUACUUCAAUUCAGCCCCAGCGAAAUUAGCGCAGUGAACAAACAUUUCAAUACUAACGAAAAGAAAUAACAAAAGUCAUUCCAUACGCUAAGAUUCUUUAGAUGAUAUUCUCUUUAAUAUAUACUAGACAGGAAUUGUUACUAUUUUUCAGUUCUAUUAAAUAUAUCGAGAAGAGAGUAUGUUAUUCAGCGCUU